AAAAGGGGGAAUAUUUUGUAGCUGGGCGACAUGAUAGAACCUGAUGUUCUGACUCACAUCACAACUUCGUCGUCGUCGUCCUCGUACUUCCACGCUCUAAAACCUUAAACUAAGUGCACUGUCAGGCUAGUUCCUUGAGCACACACGGGAAUGGCUGCCACAUCCGGGAUGUCUGAUCAGGAAACACUAGUGUUUUCCAGAGAAAGUGUUCAUCCCAGGUUGGAUGUCUAUGUGUGGGACAUGGAUGAGACCCUUAUACUUCUAAAUUCCUUGCUGAAAUCAUCGUAUGCUGAGGCUUUCAAUGGUCAGAAGGAUGUGCAGAAGGGUGUAGAAAUUGGGAGGAUGUGGGAAAAUCUCAUUCUACAAAUAUGUGAUGAUUAUUUCUUCUAUGAACAAAUUGAAAAUUACAAUAAGCCAUUUCUUAAUGCAGUAGCCCAAUAUGAUGAUGGGAGGGACCUAUCUGAUUAUGACUUCAAACAAGAUGAAUUAGGUCCGCCACAUGAUGAUGCCAACAGAAGAAAACUUUCAUAUAGGCAUCGGGUCAUUGCCCAUAAGUACUUACAGGGUUUACGGAACAUUUUAAAUCAUGAUACAAUAAAACUCUGGGAUGAAUUGUAUGAUAAAACUGACGAAUACACUGACAGAUGGCUUUCAUCAGCACGGACCUUUUUGAAGGAGUGCUCAGGUGAAGAUAAAGAUGCAGUUUCUUCUAUUGCUUUUGAUAACACAAGCACUAACUCAACUAAUGCAAACUAUCAGCACGUAAAUGUAUUGGUGACAUCAGGAUCGUUAAUUCCCUCUCUUGUGAAGUGCAUGCUCUUUCAUCUGGACAGCUUAAUACCGCAUGGAAAUGUUUAUAGCUCAUGGGAAGUGGGGAAAAUUCAAUGUUUCCGAUGGAUCAAAGAGCGUUUCAACCAUCCCAAUGUUCGUUUUUGUGUAAUUGGAGAUGGAUGGGAAGAGUGUGAAGCUGCGGAAAUCAUGAAAUGGCCGUUUAUUAAGAUUGAUCCACGGCCAGGCAAACCUCACAGGUUCCCUGGUCUCACUUUGACAACAGUUAGCCACUAUUUUUCUGUGGUGUAUGGAAGGCCCAACAAUGAGAAUGAUGAAGAGUGAUAUAAGAUCUUGUCAUCUACCCGUUUCUGUGAUUCCUGUCUGUAACAAAAGUAAUAAACUUUGGUAGCAUAACCAAAGUUGUAUUGCCAAGUGUAUGAAUUGCUGCCUUGAGAUGGCUGCCACUCUUAGGUGUUAAUUGCUUUUGAAGAGAUUAGAUGGAGCUAUUUUCCUAUAACAUGCGUGAUCAUAACUUCAAGAUGUAGAUCAUUCCUACUUGUAUGUAUAUAGCAUGUUUCACAUUUAUCUCUACACAAAUUCUCCGUAGGUCCUUAAGUUUACUGGAUUUUGGGCUCAUCUGAAUUUUGUACUUUUUGCAAAACAAUAUACAUCCGUGGCUAAAUAACCACAUAUAAAUCUUACAACAUAGAAGUUAGAG